AUGUCUUUUGACGUAUCCUCUCUUUACGAUACCGAUGGGGAAGACAUACAAGACAUCGUUCCUUACCAGUUCGAGCCCAAUGCUUCCGAAUCGGACGAGCAGAACUCCUCGCUUGGGGGGGGGGGGAGCGAUGAGGAACAGCAAAGAUUAGGCAACACCGACUGGUGUACAUGUGGUUUCUGUGUCCACAUGCCUACACCAAGGGAGAGUGUUUGCUGCUGCGAGAUUGACCGUGUCAACAGCAAAAAGGAUUCCUUUGACAAGAAGCUCUCCUGCAUUACUGAACAUCCAGGUUUUUCUUCAGUGUGCCUAGAUGUGUAUGUGCUUGAGACUGCGUACUACCAGUACCGUGCACAGUAUGGAGAGUUACAGACCAGCAGUGAGGAAAGGAAUAGAUAUACAGCAUAUAGACAACUUGUGCGUUGGUGCUGGGGCUGCCUUGGUAGGAAUGUUAGAGUUCCCCUACCAGCAUGUGCUGUCCAGGAGAUAAGAUCUUCCUUUCCAUCAGAGGGCUACACAGGCUUUCUACACUAA